CUGUCAGCUGAUUUUGACGGCAGUUUUUGUUUACAUUUAGAAGCUUUGUGAGUCGGUCGAAAAGAUGAUCGUGUUUUGCAAGAUGUUUUUUUGUUGAAAAUUAAUCAAAAACACCACCAAUGACUGAAAAAGGAAACAUAACUAUAAAACCUUACAAGUGCAAUUACAUCACCAUCUGGCCUCCACCACAACCGUCCGCUCGCUUCUACCGCUAACACCGGACCACGUAAAACAUCUGUUCUGAAUUCGUUCCCGUUUCUUCCCUGCUUACGUUUGCAGUGUUUGUGUUCCCUUUUGCUUUUUGCUACGAUUCAACCAACGUCACACUACAGGAAAAAAAAACGUAUGCCAAACACGGCAUAACAUACGUCGUAAUAUACAUGUGCCAAACCAACACGCCAAACGAAAUGGUCAAAAAAUUGUCCUAAAUAUCUUAGACUUUGGUCGAAUACCGACAGUUACGUUAGCGAAAUGAAAACAGUUUGGGCGUUGAAACGCUACACGUCGUUCGUCGCCCAAACAAAAAAAGCUUAAUCUUUAAUGUUAAACCUUCCUCCCCGUGAUACUGAAUGUUUAUCCGUUUUCCUUCUCGUACUGCUUUAAUUAAAACACCGAAAACGUGAACAUAAAUCCGGUACGUGUUGCACUUUUCUCCACCACCGUUCAGCUUUCCCAGUGCAGGAAGGAAAACGGCAGGAAUUGGGGGAAAAAAACGAAAAGAAACCAUUAACAACGCAAAUCGCACGCAACGCGCGCGCAUCCUAACUGCUUGUUAAAUUUGUUGCGCACAAGGCUGAAGAUUUUGCGGACCGGCGUAGAUUUUGCGACCUUUGCCGACUAUUAAUGUACCGUACGAAGCCCUGAAGGAACUGAUGUUCCCAUCGUUGAAAAAACGACCGAACCGCGGAAUACAAUUCUGCUAACGUUCAGUUUUGCAUCACAUUUCAUCUGGCGUGAACGCGCGUGUCUCUGCUGCGCAUAACUUUUUGUAUGCAUUGUACUUUUUACGCUGCGUACGCUUUUAUGUUCAGUUUGGGAAGCGAGAAAGUGAUCAGUUUUAUGGUUUAACCGGUGUAUAAUAGUAAUUUUUGUACAGUUUCGCGGCUGCCUAAUUACGUUAUCAACUACUGCCGUCAUCGUGUGCGUGAACGUGCGCAAAAUACAUGGGAAUGUUUUGAUACAGGCCGGCCGGAUGUUGAUGCAGCUGGAACCCGAUUGGCCACGAUAGAGUGGUGUACAAUUCUAGCUGAAUUCCGGGUGGUGUUAGUGUGGGUGCAAUUUGCCUUCCACACGCAGUAGCGCCAGUUUCGUAUCGCCAUAUCUGCCAACCCUCCUCCCGGGCGGGGUGUUCCGUGGUGCCGUCCGGUGUUAGUGGUGUGUGGUGCGGCACGGUGUGUACGCGAUUGCUAAUCGCAGCGGGUCGGUCGAGCUCAACGUCAGCAUCGCGGGAAUUGUGCGUUUUCAGCAGCCAUACCGUACGCAGGCAUGUACCUGUCCGUCAAGCGGCGUGCUAUCAAAAGUGUGUGAAAACUAGCUCAGAAUACAAACAAAACUCAUCAUUACAUUGCAUAUACAUCAAAGGGCGUCUCCAUGACGACGCUGACCGUGCUGCUGGAUGUGUUAGUUGUGUGUGUGCUGCUGCUUGCGUGUGUAUGAGUUUGGCGUGUACUGUACGCAUCAACAUUGGUAAAGAAAAAAUCAGCCAACUCCAACAGCAACACGGAUCGCAGAAAUUCGCGGUGACAAAUUAACACGAAAAGAAAGAAAAAAAAGCAACGAAGCAUCUGUUGAUAUUAAAUGACAGUUCUCUGGUUUCGGCAUUGUGAAUCGCACGGCCCUGCUUGUUGACCGAGCACCGACGUGGCGGUAUAAAAUCCGAUCACGAUUCUAUAAACAAAUCAAUCUAAUCGACAGACGACGAGAAAGUGAAUCAAGAGGCAACCGUUUGUGCGGGUGCCUUUGUUCAAACAAAGGGCGUCACUAGUUUCCUGCUUGCCCACUGAAGGAAAGCAAGAAUUUCCUGCCUUGGAACCGCAGUCAGUGUUUCAGUGUGUGAUUCAUAUUCGGUGCAUAUGAUCAGCUGCAACUGCUAGAUCAUACGUGAUCGUGCGAAUCGCUUGCUCGAUCAGUGCUCCCUCCAGACCUCCAGAGUGGUUUUCGGUGUGUUUGCGUGCGUGUGUAUGUGUGUCUGAUUGCUGUGUGAAGAUUGCGCUUUUUUCCUUUACCCCAAUUUUGCUUAAACCCACCCAAAACCGGGAACAAGAUCCUUGGCGGGAUAAAGGGCGACCCGUGUGCGCGAUCCCUUAACAGCUUACACGAAGUCGGGCAGAUAACGGAACGGAAAGGAACGGAACCAUGGCAAUGUUCGAUCUCGAUCGGCUCAUUACCGAUCUCUUCAAGACGACCGUCCUGCCCGGGAUAGCGAUCGGACUGUGGUUGACCGAUUUAAUCGGUAAGCUGACAUGUACGGUCGUGCUGAUACUGUUUGCCGUCGUGUUCGUCAUACUACCGAUCAUCUUUAAGUUCUCGGUCACCGUACAAAAACACAUUCUGUUCCUCACCUUCAUAACGUAUCCACCGAACCUGGACCUGAAGCGGCCGGAAAAGAGUGGCCUGUACGCGACGAGAAACUUCUACAUCAAUUACCGCGAUCAGGAGGAGGAGAUCGAUGUGAACAUUGCCGUGUGGCACGUGCUACCGAACGAUUUGGUGCGCCGCUAUGCGAAGGAACUGCACGUCGAUGAGCGCAAGUUUGCGAACAGAACGCUCCCAACGAUAGAUGGCAGCACUAGCAAUGGAGGAAGCAUAUCGCACGACACGACCGAUUCCGUUGGCGACACAUCGGAUCGCUACAGCCGGAUUGAAAAAGUGCUUCAAAAAGAUAAUUUCAGCCCAACCGAUGAAACGCACCAGCGGGAACUGUUCGAAGAGGCGCUCCGGGCAACGACGAACGAUGUUGUGCUGUAUCUGCACGGUAAUACGGCAUCGCGCGGUGCACCACAUCGGGUCGAACUGUAUCAGACGCUGCGUGCGCUUAACUAUCAUGUGAUAGCGAUGGAUUACCGUGGGUACGGUGAUUCGGCGAAUGUAUCACCAACGGAACGUGGCGUCGUGUACGAUGCGCUUGCUGUCUAUCAAUACAUUACGAGCAUUACCAAAAACCCGGUCUAUCUGUGGGGCCAUUCGCUUGGUACGGGCGUAUCAACCCAUCUGCUGUCGCUGCUGACCGAGAUGAGCCUUCCCGGGCCGCGGGCACUUGUGCUGGAAAGUCCUUUCAACAACAUUAAGGAAGAGAUCUGUGCCCAUCCAUUUUCGAAGCUGUACCGUCACCUGCCAUGGUUUGACAUGCUGAUCUCAAGACCAAUGUACAAUAAUAUGCUACGCUUCGAAUCCGAUCAGCACAUAGCCGAGUUCCGUCAGCCGGUACUGAUAUUGCACGCGGAAGAUGAUCUUGUCGUCCCGUUUGAGUUAGGAUAUAAGCUUUACCGCCGAGCACUAGACACCCGGGGCAAAUCGUGGGGUCCAAUCGAGUUCCAUCGGUUCGAGAAGAGCAGCCACUACGGACAUAAAUAUAUCUGCCGGGCACCGAACCUGCCAGAAAUUGUCGUACGCUUUUUCCAUGCCUAUCGGAACGAGCAUUACUAGCGCGGUUAGAAGAGAAAAGUGUUGUUUCUUGUUUCGUUCACAUCACGACUUUCCCCUUUUUAUAUUGUGUAUAGAACUGUUUGCAAAACCGAUCCGAGUGCGGUAAGACAAUGGGCCAUAUAAAGCGAACGAAUGAAGCCUUUUACCAUGUAGAAGAUAAAUACGAUGUGUUGUGCGAAGAUGUGUUUUUUGCAUGCAUAAAAACAGGGAUAUGCGAGGGUGCGUGUGUGUGUGUGUUAUGUGCAAUAAGAAAGUGCUUUCGGAACGGUGAACCAUUUUUGCAUCCGUUUCCGUUCUCACCUUGCUGUAGUAUACAGUUGACCAAAAUGUUACAUACAAAUAUUCGAAUUUAGCGGCCAGCGGUUCAGUUCAGGCGAAUGAGUGGAGAGUGUGGAAAUGUUUCAUUUUCCACGGAACAGUAACUAGACCGAUACACGAUAGCGUUUGUUUACACCUUUUCAAUUGUAAUGAUGUGUACCUUUUUAGAUGCACUAUUUCGAGAAUUAAUGCUUAUAUCAAUAAAUGAGCAAGCGGAGAAAUUACAGCCAAAAACUGUAGAUUAAAAUAGUAA